AUGACGUGGGCCUCCUGCGUCCGUGACGGGGAGCUCAACGCGGCGCGGGGCGUUGUGGUGUCGGGAACAGGCAACCCGCACGGGGUUGAGGAGGCUUUUUUGCGCGCAUUUUCUGGGGUGUGCGGGUGCACGCCCUCGUUGAACCCCGGCAACACGCCGACGAUCAGCUUCCGGGCGACGCUGCUUUUGGAUGCGCAUACCCCGCCGCAUUCGACUCGAGUCUGCGGUCAGCUUCGCAGUGGGCGUCUCUGUCGACGGCUGGCAAAGGGCAACGGGGGCGGCCAGCACGCUGCCGCCGAAGCAAAUUAUUUGGCCACGACGCGGCUACACGCAAGGUGCGCAGCUUCGUGUUUCCCCCAGGCUACCGACUGA